AUGAAGGUUCAAACCACAAAUGAUUUUAGCUGUGUUAGCAAAUUAUCUUCUGCUAGAAAAGGAUAUUUCAACGAUGAAUUUCUGCAAUUUUUCGUUCAAGAACAGAAAAUUAGAGCUCCAAUAAUAAACAGGGGGUAUUACGUACGUUUUAAAGCUAUGGAACAGGUUUUAAAAUCAUGGUUUCUACAGAUAAAAUCAAAAGCGGUUGAAGCAAACCAGAUUAUAUCAUUGGGAGCUGGAUUCGAUACAACUUAUUUUAGGCUUAGAAAACAUAAUGAACUUCUGACUGGUACAAAAUAUAUUGAGGUAGAUUUUCCUGAAGUUAUGAUCAAAAAGCUGGAAUGUAUCAAGAAAUCAGAGUUAAAAGACUUUUCUGAGUGCUCUAAAGAUAGCUCUGCCAUAGUUGCCACCUCCAAAGACUACAUAAUGUUGGGUGCUAAUUUAAAUGACUUAGAAGAAUUAAAUAGAUGUUUUGAAGCCAUUUGGAUUAAUUAUUCUAUUCCAACAUUAUUUAUCUCUGAAUGUUCUGUUAUAUACAUGGAUACAAACAGUUCAAAUGACCUUCUUUCAUGGAUUCAAAAAAGAUUUUCUCAUUCUGCAUUUUGUGCAUAUGAACAAGUUUACCCGUGGGACGCUUUUGGUAUUGUAAUGCAGAGACAUUUCGAAUCACAAGGAUGUCCUCUUAUUUCUCUACUAAAAUAUCCUGAUGAAAAUCAAAGAAAAUCUAGAUUUACUGAUAUGGGAUGGCAGAGCUGUUACAUUGUUGAUAUGUAUAGGUUUUUUCUAUCUCUACCUCUUGAUGAAAAAAGAAGAAUUCAAUCUUUAGAACUCUUUGAUGAAUAUGAAAUUUGGCAUGAAAAAUGUCAACAUUAUGCUAUCAUUUGGGCAUUUCAAGGGCAAAUUUCACAUCCCCAAUUAUUCCCUAAGGAUCAAGAAGAUUAUUUACUUGAAAAAAUCCCUUUACAAAACUUCAGCUGGAAUAUGCAAGAGUCAGAUUCAAAACUUCACAGAUAUGGUCAUCGAAUUGUUCAGUCAUCAUUGUCAUCUUCGUGUAUAAUCUCUGGUGGUUUUGGAUGUCAUAAUGAACGUCAACAACGAUUAGGUGGCCUUGAUCUGUGUGAUUUAGAAACAGGCCAAGUUAGGAAUAUGAAUAUUUCAGAUCCCGACGACUUUUUAGGGAAAAGAAUGUUCCAUACAAUGACUAGACUAUCAGAUGGUGAAAUUGUAAUCAUUGGUGGACGCUCGUGCCCGAGAAAAGUCUAUAAUAAAGUUGUUUCUGUUCUCUUCAAUGAUGGAGACUUGCUGGAACCGUCAAAAAUAUUAGCAACUGUAAAAUUGAGAUGCAUGUUGCCUUUCUUAGUAUGGAGACACUCUGCUUCAUCUGUUAAUAUCAAUGGCGUUGAAUGUAUCAUUGUGUUUGGUGGUUGCACUAUAGAAGGAAAUGUAACUAACAAAUGCUUUAUUCUAAACACAAAAUCUUGGAGCUGGUCUGAAGUAGCUGUUCAAAACAACACUCCAUCACCAAGGCAUUCUCAUAGUUCUGUAUCAUUUGAUAAUUCUAAAGUAGUCAUAAUUGGUGGACUGUCUGAAGAUGAAACAAUUCUUAACUCAGUUCAUAUUUUAGAUUGUGAAACAAAUCAGUGGUCUGUAGUAACAGUUUCUGGACUUCUUCCCAGAUAUUCCCAUACAUCUCACAUUUGGAAGAACAAUAUAUUUUUAAUUGGAGGCAUAACUUGUGAUUCUGGCAGCAGCCUUGGGCUUGGCAUUAUAAAUUUAACCACACUAAAGGCUUCAGAGUUUUCAUAUCCAGAACAAAAUCCAGAAAAAGUAGUUGUAUUAAAUAAUCAUUCAAGCAUUCUGUAUGGUGAUAUGUUAAUUAUUACAGGUGGUGGCGGAAAUUAUUUCUCAUUUGGAACUCAUUUUAAUCACUUUUUAUUGUAUAUUGAUAUUAAAAGCUUAAAAUGUGAUGACUUAGCAGAAUAA